AUGCUUCCUCUCUUCAUCAAGAUGCUUCCUCUCUUCAUCAAGGUGCUUCCUCUCUUCAUCAAGAUGCUUCCUCUCUUCAAUAAAGUGAUUCCUCUCUUCAUCAAAAUGCUUCCUCUCUUGCUCAAGAUGCAGCUUCCUCUCUUCAACAAAGUGCUUCCUCUCUUCAUCAAGAUGCUUCCUCUCUUCUUCAAAGUACUUCCUCUCUUCUUCAAAGUACUUCCUCUCUUGAUCAAGAUGCUUCCUCACUCCAUCAUGCAGCUUCCUCUCUUGAUCAAGAUGCUUCCUGUCUUGAUCAAGGUGCUUCCUCUCUUCAUCAAGAUGCUUCCUCUCUUCGACAAAGUGAUUCCUCUCUUCAUCAAGGUGCUUCCUCUCUUCAACAAAGUGCUUCCUCUCUUCAUCAUGCAGCUUCCUCUCUAA